AGUACAUCAGCGCAUUUUAGCCUUCCGAGAGGUCCUCAUCGCGUGUGCGUGUGCGUCGGCCAUCGGUUGCUCACAACAUAGGACUUAACACCUCCCCCCCUUCCCCCGCUGCGUGUACGCUGCUGUGGAGUCUUCUCCCACCCCUUACACACACACAUUCACGCACGUGCCUUCGCUGCACUUUCGAGCACGCACAUCUGCGGCUUCCUCUGCCCUUUCUUUCCCGUGGCUGCCUUAGCAACAUCAACACAACUCAGCAAUCAUGCGGCCAGACUACAUGGGGAUUAUGUUCCUCUGCACCAGCGUGAUGUCCUUCAACGCUGGCAUUUGGCAGAUUUUCCGACGAGGACAGAAGCGGCAGCUGCUGGAGAACCACAAAAACCUGAACAAGGACCCCCUCGACUCGCUGCCGCCCCCGCACUCCACCGUCAACGACUGCGAGUUUCGGCGCGUUAAGCUGGACGGCUCCUUCGACAACGAGGGCUCCUGCUUGGUCGGGCCGCGGUCCAUCCCGUCCUACAAGGGAGCGGCCAACGAAGACGAAAGCCGCGGCGGCUUUCUCGUGAUGACGCCGUUCGAAAUUGCGAACACCGGUGACUUUGUGAUGGUGAACCGCGGCUGGGUGCCCAUCGACGCCGGGAAGCACCGCACGAUGCUGAUGCAGUACAUCGGCGAAGGCUUCGCGCCUGCCCAGGUGCGCGGUAUUCUUCGCAAGGAGGAGUUUCUCGGCGGCUCGCUCUUCUGGGGCCCGAGCCCUGACAACGAAGGCCCCGUCGCGGUGGACCUUUCGUGGCUGGCGAUGCGGCCGUGGAACAUGGCGAUAGCGUACUAUAAAAAGCGCUGGGGCCCCGACCACCUCGAGGAGAGCGUGAAGAAGCACGGCGUGCACCAUUACUUCGUGGAGAUGCUGGAGGACUUCUCCGGCGAUGAUCAGCGCAUUGUGCGUGGCCACGCCUGGCCGCGUCGCCGUGAAGUGGACGAGGUGACCUACGUUCAUUUAACACCGGUGGUGCACUCCAUGUACGUCAUCUUCUGGUUCUCCGUCACUGCGGGCUCCCUCUACGGCAUGCUGCGCUGCUGGCGCCGUCAGAAGGACCUCUUCGCGCUGCGAAAGUUCGUGGACAAGCAGGCGAUGCGGCUGGAGACGAAGCGGCAGGAGGAGGCGCAGGCCUACAUGAAGGCGGUGGAGGACGUGGAGCGGCUCCAGAAGAUCAGCCCGGCUGCGGCCGCGGCACAGAUUGAUGUGGGCAAGACGUCUGCAGAGAAGAAGAAGGAGGCCGAGGACAGCCGCCCUCUCCAGUAG